GUAGGUAAGCAAUAUAGGAGAGAAUGGCAAAUUGGUUCCUCGCACAGCCAGCAACGGGGAUAUGCUCACCAGCACCACGGCACAGACAGACAUUAGAAAGACAGCGCGAUUGAGUGAGUUUGGUCCAAAUUUUCGGGUUUGGAGCAGCAGCAAAUUCGAUUCGGAAAAUUUGGAUUUUCUGAUAGCGGGGAGUGUGCGUGUGGUGUUUGUGGCAGUUCCGGAGUAGUUCCGGGUUCAUGGUCUCACUAGUGGCCACACGGUUUGUGCAGUAGCAGUCAGUCUAAGUAACGGUACAAGUUGGUGGUAGUUCUUUCCGCCGGAGCAUUUUUCCAAGAAAAAAGUGUGCUAUUUUUUCUAAUUCUUGGAACGUUGGUGACAUAAAGCUAGACGAGGAAAAUUGUGAACGGAAAUCUACAACGAGGACGACCGUGGGAAAAUGUUAGCGCGACAAGUUAUCCUGAACGGCGCUUCCAGCGCACUAAAAACCAUUUCGGCGGCAACCUCCUCGCCGAAGAAAACACUCGCGAAGGCAGCCGUUACUUCGGCGGUCGGCGGUAACCACCCUCAACAGCAGCAACAAACACGCGAGUACCAUGAGGUCACCGGGGACAUCAUCGUACCCUCGAUGGUCAUGGGUAUCGAUCAUCUGCGUGAUCCUCGGUUGAACAAGGGACUGGCCUUUACCCUGGAGGAACGGCAGAUCCUGGGCAUUCACGGGUUGCAACCGGCCCGCUUCAAGACCCAGGAGGAACAACUGGAACUGUGCCGGAUUUCGAUCUCACGCUACCAGGAAGAUCUGAACAAGUAUCUCUAUCUGGUCGAUCUGCAGGAUCGUAACGAGAAGCUGUACUUCCGAUUAAUUUCCGAGGACGUGGAAAAGAUGAUGCCGAUUGUUUACACUCCCACCGUUGGUUUGGCCUGCCAGAAGUUUGGUCUGAUUUACCGGCGACCUCGCGGGCUGUUUGUGACGAUUAACGAUCGAGGCCAUGUGUUCGAUGUGCUCAGGAAUUGGCCGGAACCGGAUGUGCGAGCCAUCGUGGUGACGGACGGCGAACGUAUUCUGGGUUUGGGAGAUUUGGGAGCUUGCGGAAUGGGUAUUCCGGUUGGAAAGCUUGCUCUGUAUACGGCUCUGGCGGGAAUUCAACCGCAUCAGUGCUUACCGAUCGUUAUCGAUGUGGGUACCAACAAUCAAAGCCUGCUGGAAGAUCCACUGUACAUCGGGUUGAGACAUAAGCGUAUUCAGGGUAAGGAGUACGAUGAAUUCAUAGAUGAAUUCAUGCAGGCCGUUGUGAAACGAUACGGUCAGAAUACGCUGAUUCAGUUCGAGGACUUUGGCAACCACAAUGCCUUCCGAUUUCUGGACAAGUACCGGGACACGUACUGCACGUUUAACGAUGACAUCCAGGGAACGGCUUCGGUGGCGGUAGCUGGUCUACUAGCUUCCAAGCGGAUCACUGGUAGGAAAAUCUCGGAGAAUACCUUCAUGUUCCUUGGGGCAGGUGAAGCGGCCAUCGGAAUAGCCGAUUUGGUGGUAAAAGCUAUGCAAGCGGAGGGCGUAGGAUUGCAGGAAGCUCGUGACAAGAUUUGGCUGUUCGAUAUCGAUGGUCUGCUAGCCAAGGGCCGACCGGAAGGUCAUCUAGGUGGCCACAAGGCAUUCUACGCCAAGGAGCAUCGUCCGAUGAGGGACUUUGCUGAAGUGGUUAACGAGGUGAAACCGUCGGUUCUGAUCGGUGCGUCCGCCGCUGGUGGUGCCUUUACACCGCAGAUCCUGCAAGCCAUGGGCAAAAACAACGAGCGUCCGAUCAUUUUUGCGUUGUCGAAUCCGACCUCGAAGGCGGAAUGUACGGCACAAGCUGCCUUCGAAAAUACCGAGGGUCGUUGCAUUUUCACCUCCGGCUCUCCCUUCCCACCGGUUGAGUACGGUGGCAAGACGUUCUGCACCGGUCAGGGUAACAAUGCGUAUAUUUUCCCUGGUGUGGCCCUCGGAGUCAUCGUCACCGGUACACACCACAUCCCGGAGGAUAUGUUCCUGAUUGCUGCCCAAGCCGUUGCUGAUCAAGUUUCGCAGGCAGAUUUGGACAAAGGGUCUCUCUAUCCACCACUGGGCGCCAUUCAGGAGUGCUCGGUGAAUAUCGCCGUUGGAGUAACCAAGUAUGCCUACGAGAAAGGUCUCGCCUCGACCUAUCCGGAACCGGUGGACAAGCUCGCCUACAUCAGAUCGCACUUGUACAACUUCAACUAUGAAACUGCCAUGCCGGUCACCUGGAAGUGGCCUGCCCAGAAGGAAAUCAAGACACGCCCGAUUACACCGACCAAGCUGCAGGCAUGAGAUUUACAGCAGCUGUAAGCAGCUGCGCAACAGAAGGCGGCAAGGUCCCCCUCUCCCAGUAUUCAAAAAUGAUGUGGUUAUUCCUUUUCGUGUCCCAAACGAAAUCAGCAUCCCGGAACGCCACCACCACCACCACCCCUUCUCUACUCGUCGAUCUCCCUCUGUUUGUCGCAAUCUGAGUAUAACUUAUUAGAAAGUGAGAAAGAAAAAAAAUACAAAAAUUAAUUUAUUACGUUUCAGUUUUAAAAAUUGAACCAAAAGUGAACAAAUUUUAGCUUUAAAUCAUUUGAAAAACGUGGGUUACUAGAUUAACCCUUUUCUUUAUUUUCAUAUGUGAUACUAUCGAGCAUAAAAUACUGCUGCCACGCUAGACAUUGAUUAGCUAAUCGUCAUCCUUCAAGAUCUAAAAAAAUCACCAUUAAUUGACGUUCCUUAACUGAAGGGCUCCGUGCUUGGAAGUUACACCGUAAGUAGUAAUCUCUAGGCAAAUCACAUCCCCAAAGCGAUGUUGGAACAACGUGUGUUUCGUGCUCUAGCAGCAAGCAAAAAAAACAAUUAAAACUAAGCAACAGUUACGGAGAGCACUUUUGAAAAAAAACAUUCUACAUAGAAAUUUGGCACUGAUCAACUCUUAACCGUGACUAAAAUUGUUGUUAAAUAACGUAAUCGAAUGCAUGAAAAAAACAUGUGGCGUUUCAGUUAUUAAUAAAAUUAUAAUUAAAUAAAUCCAAGUCGAAGUCCGUGUUACAGGCAAACACUCGCAAAGCCAUUCGAGUGAACGGACAAAUGAGGAGCAAAAAAUCUUCAGAAUAAAAUUGUGACUGUAUUAA